AUGUUGCAGCAAAAGAUUGUUAUUAAGGUAUCAAUGCACAGUGAAAAAUGCCGAACCAAGGCUCUCAAAAUAGCUGCUGCAACAGAUGGUGUGGUAUCAGUGGCGUUACAUUGUCCAGGGAAAGAUAAACUGAUGAUAGUCGGAGACGGGGUCGAUGCAGUGUGCUUGACUAGUUCAUUGCGAAAACAGCUUUGCCAUGCAAGCUUGGAGACAGUGGAAGAAGUGAAAGACAAAAAGGCUGAAGAGAAGAAAGAUGCAGGUAAAAAAGAUGAAGAGAAGAAAGACCCUAAGUUCAUUAGUAGUCCAAUUAUAUGUUGCAUGCCUCCACAGCAUCAGCCAGAGUUUUUUACAGUGGUCACCGAUCCCCAUCCAAGCCCUUGCACUAUACUUUGA